CAAAUUUCUACUUGGUUAAUUUUUCUUCAUUAUUUACAAAAUUCAUUGGAUCGUCCCGUAUUAUACUCGGUUCGGUAUGAUUCUGUCCGAAGGUUCGGUGUAGUCUGGUACGAUCAAACCAUUGAUGACUCCUAUGUAAUAAUGAAAUCACUUAGUUGUUUGUGGUUAAAAAGAAAACUCAGAGUUGAACCCACAAGAAGCUCCAAUCAAGACAGAGCCAGAAGAAGGGUAUUUUUCUGGCGAUGCUUCUCAAGGUUUGGAUGCUUGCUUCCGAGUAGUUUACAAGAAGUACAUGGAAUUCAAUGUGUGCAUCCCACUGAGAUUUUGUACAAUCGCUCGGCUGGAAAUGAAGGACAGUGCUCAACUUCAGGAUCCAAGCGGCAGAGUUUGGCCAGUUGCACUAAUAGCAGGAGGAGGGAGGGGAUCAAUCAAACGAUUCGGUAGUGGCUGGCCUGGCUUUGCUGCUGCUAAUGGCGUGGCCUUUGGAGACAGAAUCGAUUUCCAUUACAAGCCUGAACUGGGUGUCUUCCAGGUGAAGAUACACAAGCCAAAGAACAAUACUUGGAACGAUUCUGAAGCUGGGAAUCGGGCAUGGAAGAGAUCUGAUGGUGGAAAUCGUGAAAGGAGCAAGCUUUGCCAAAGUUAUAGAUGGAACUCCGAAACAGAGACAUUGCCCAAACCCAGAAAAAGUUUACAGAGGAAACGCGGAGCUCCAACUAAGACAAAGUUCAGAAAAGGUCCAGGUUUGGCUGAUUCCUACCAAGCCGUUUACAAGAAGCACGUGAAACGCUCUAAUUACAUGUGCAUGCCGGUGGGAUUUUCUGAAGCCACGAAGCUGUCACAGAGGAAAACUGCUCAACUUGAGGACCCAAGAGGGAAAGUUUGGACAGUUUCUGUAAUCUCAAUAGGGAAUGGCAGGCAGAGACGGUUCAGUCGUGGCUGGCAGGCCUUGGCCGCAGCUAAUGGCUUGGCUGUUGGAGACGGAAUCGAGUUCACUUACAAGCCUGAUUUGGAUUUGAUCCAGGUCAAGAUACAUAAACAAGGGUGCAAUGCUGGAAACGAUUCUGAAAUCUGAAGUUGGGGAGGAAGAGGUAAUGGAAGAGAAGUGGGCAAGUGGUGUUGUAAAGCUUUUAGAUUGAAAAGAGGUAGCGCCUAGGGCUAGGAAUUGUAGUCUUUUUUACUGGUAGGGGUUUCAGUUUGUCACUAAGGUAAAGAACAGCAUGAUGAAAUUGCAGAUGGGGUUUCAGUUUGUCAUUUCACUUUGUUUCAUUUCAGACCCUCAGCAAUGGAAGUUACUCCCCCUUGGUUAAAAUGUGGUGGUGGUAAAAAGUAAGGUUAAAAGUUAAAAGUUUUGACAUCCCAAAAUGGCUACAGUACAAGUAAUGAAUAGCUCAUAGUGAGAAGGGUUUCAAGAAUUCACAGCCCAGACCCAGAGUAUUAAAACCGAAACAUGCAAGGCUAAA